AUGUCAGACAAUUCAGAACACUCUCAUUCUACUUCACAAUCAACAAAAUCAUCAAUGUCUUCAUCUUCAACUGUAAGCUCAAAUGAAAAAGAAAACCAACAACAAGUAGAAACACCUGUUUCUCAAGAACCAACACCAUCACCAAGACCUGUUGUUGUUGAAGAAAAACCAGAAACACCACUUGCUCAACCAGCUGAAUUAACUGUUGAAGAAAUUGGAGGAUCACCAUCUGCUUCUAGUUCACCAGAUAUUCCACCAGUAGAAAUUGCAAAACCAUCAAGUGUAUCUCCACAAGAAGAAAAUAAAGCAGAAGAACAAAAAGAAGUUCAAGAACCACCAAGAGCAUUUUCUAAACCAAUUUCACCAUUUAUUAAUGGAGAAGAAGAAAUUUGUAAUUUUAACGGAAAAUUAACAGAAGAACAACAAAAGAGAUUAGUUAAUAAUAAUGAAACAUUAGCAUCAUUAUAUAAUAAAGCUAAAGCAUAUGAAAAGAAAGCAUAUACUGUUCUUGGAAAUAAAAUAAGAGAAAAAACAUGGAAAGAAUUUAUUAAUGAUGUAGAAGGAUUUGCAUGUGGAUUUUUAAAACAAACACAUAAAGCAGUUAUUAUUUCAAUGGCAAAUAGUGAAAAUGCAUAUUCUAUUGGAUUUGCAGCAAUGUUAACAGGAAGAUAUGUUUGUUAUGUUAAUCCAACAUUACCAACAUAUAGAUUUGAAUCAAUUGUUAAUUUAAUAAAUGCAGAUGUUGCAUUUAUUGAUAAUACUAUUAUUGAUAAUUUCAAAGAAGUUCAAAAAACACAUGAGAACUUACAACUUGUCAUUGUUGGAACUGAUGUUGGAAAAGAUAAAAACCUUUGUUCAAUGAGUGUUUACUUUAAUGAAAAAGUUGAUAAAACAGCAUUUGAAGAGCAAUUAAAAGAAUUAAAACCAGAAACAGUAGCAGAAAUUAUUCCAUUAGUUCAUGGACAAGGUUAUAAAGGAGUUAUUUGGACACAUUCAAAUAUUUGUGCAGCAUUAAAAUCAAAUGAUCCAGGAUUAUCAUCAGAAAUGACUAUUAUGGAAGUACUUCCACAAUCAGCAUUUGGAGAAAGAAUAUAUGGAAUGUAUUUUGCAUUAAAUGCAGAAUUACAUGUAAUUAUUGCACAACCAACAGAUCUUCAAUUUGGAGGACCUAAAUUUAUGAAAAUGUUAAAACAACAUAAGCCAAAGUUUAUGUUAGGAACACCAAGAAUAUAUGAAAAAAUAUCAAAUUAUGCUAGUGAUAAAAUUGAUAAGUCUACUAUUCUUACUCGUAAAGCAAAAAAUUUUGCAGCUAAAAAAGGAGUUGAUGGACAAAUGAAACAAGGAGUUGGAGAAUCUAAACCAAAAGGAUAUGGAAUUUCAAGAACUCUUGUUUAUAAUAAAGCAUUAAAAGCUAUUGGAUUACAUAAAUGUUAUUGUGCAUGUUGGGGAGUUAUGAGUGAAAAAUCAAGAGCAAAAUGUCUUGGACUUGGAAUUACUGUAUUUGAAGGAUUAAUGUUACCAGAAACAACAGGAUUUUGUUUAAUGCAAAAGAAAAAUUUAUAUGUUCCAGGAAGUUAUGGAUGUAAAGUAAAAGAAUGUAAUAUUGAAAUAAGAGAAGGAGAAAUUGUUGCAAAUGGAAGUGUUGUUUCAUGUGGAUAUUGUAAUGAAGGAAGUCAACAUGUUUAUCCAUUUGAAAAUGGAUUUAAAACAUAUUUAAUGGCAACAUCAUCUAAGUUUGGUAAAGAAAAAGAAGAAUUUUAUCAACCAAAUGGAUAUAAAUAUCCAUUAAUUGUUACUUCUAAUGCAGAAAUGAUUGAACCACAUUAUAUUGAAAAAAUGUUAUGUACUAUUCCUACUAUUGUUAAAUGUAUUAUUCUUGGAGAAAAUGAAAAAUUCCUUUCAGCAUUAUUUGAAAUUAAUUAUGAUAAAGCAAAAGAAGAAUUAAAAGAAAAAUGUCCAAGUAAAGAAAAUAUUAGAAGUGAUGCAUUCUUUGGUACAUUCUUAAGACAAAAAGUUGAAGCAUUUAAUCAAACAUUACCAAGAUCAUAUAGAAUAAAGAAAUUUGUUGUUGUUGAUUUACCUGAUGUUGAAUGUGCUACUGAAUCAAAUACUUCAAUGGAGAAAAGAAAUGCAACAAUUAAAAAGUAUGAGAAAGGAAUUGAUAAAUUAUAUCAUCAACCUAAAGCUGUUGAAGAAGCAGAUGAAAAGAAAAGAAAGAAAGAACAAGAAGAAAUUCAAAAACAAAGAAGAAAAGAAGAAAAAGAAAGAGAAAAACAAGCAAAGAAACAAAAGAAGGAAGAAAAAAAGAAUUCUAAGAAAGAUUAA